AUGUCGACAGCACGCAGAGGAGGACCCCACAAUAUGGCAGGGUUUCAGGGAACAUCAACAAAAAUUGAGAGACCCAUCUUGUUCCAGACAGUCGGACGGAUAUUGGAGUUCGUCAAGAUCCAAUUCUUUACGAUAGCUACAUCUCUGACCCUCUUCAAUACUGUCCGGCUGCCCCGCGAAGCCUUCAAGUAUGGAGACAUUCAGUACCUGGUGGUCUACUCGGCUUGGCUGCUGGCUGUUGGAUUGCCCAGUUCUUUGCUGCAAAUGGCCAUGGGGCAGCUUAGUCAGCAAGAUGCUGUUGGGGUCUGGCGGGCUGUUCCUAUAUUUAGAGGUGUAGGCUACAUCAAAGUGCUGACAUCAUAUUUGUGCUGUAUCUACAGCAUGGUGUAUGUGUCUCUAUCAGCAGCUUAUAUGAUCUGGAUUGGGAAGGGCUCCUUUCCUCUAAGGGACUGCACUAAGAUACAGAUGACACCGGAUGGCUAUGAAAACAAAAUGAAUGCGUCCGAAUGUUUCAACACGACAUUUUUGGCGCCAUUUACCGAACAGCCGCAGUAUCUUGGAAUAAUGGCUAUUUUGAUAUUCAUUUUAUGGUUCUUCGUACCACUUAUGCUGAUCAACCUCCACAAAUCACUGAAAGUGUCCUUACUAGUUCUAUCACCAAUCAUAGUCGCACUAGCAGUUGUACUGUGCGUGUUUGUAUCUGAUGGAAGUGUUCUAACAAUUUCCUUGGAGACAGAGGACUGGUCGUUACUCACUCGUCCAUAUAUAUGGCAUAGUGGGUUAGUCCAGGCGUUGCUUUCAACAAGUAUUAUGAGUGGGUACUUAAUAAGUGCUGGUGGAACUUUGUAUAAGUAUUCAGAUGUCAGAUGGUCUUCUACCUUCAUAAUCAUAUCGAAUCUACUAUCAGGAUGGCUAUGCGUCUUCAUGUGGGAGUCCAUAGCUGGUGAAGGAAAUAAAGACAAGAGCUUUAUAGCAAUACUGGUGCUGAUCUACCAGUCAUCAGUAGCAGAAGCUAGAUCGAAGGAGUGGCCGCUUCUAGCAUUUGCCAUCGUUCUCGUUUCAGGGAUGAUUACAUUGUUACUUCUGCUAUUCCCCGUCUACGACAAACUGCAUCGCCUGUGUGGUGAUCAAUGGCGUCUCUUUGCGGCUGCCGCCUCGGCUCUUGGGACUGCGUUGACGGUCGUGGUACUGUCCAGAGGCAUUUCUGUAGCUGAAAUGCUCGACGAAUUAGUGGUGCCGGUGUUAGCUGCGGUGACGGUAACCUUCGAAGUUGUGGGUUUCGUGUUUAUAUACGGAUAUUUCUACCUCAAAUUUGACAUCAAGUUUAUAACGGGUACGAGACUACCGCGUAUCUGGAUGGUAACAUGGUGGUGUACUCCAAUCCUGGUGGUAGGUGUAACGGGUUGGUGGUUGCGAGCUGUCAUCAGAACUGCAUGGAGCCAGGGCCAAAGCUUAUGGCCAUUAGUGGGGGCAUUCAUAGCGAUUCUGGUAAUUCUGGUAAUUUUCGCCGGGAUAGCAGUCGCGAAAGAAGAGCAGUAUAAUUUGUUUGCCAAAAUAACAGCAGCGUUCCACUCCUCACGUCUCUGGGGACCAGAAGAUCCAAUGACACGCUACAUGUGGAUGUCCCAAAGGUUUUCUAACGAAACCUUCAGUAGCGAACCGGACGUUACAUCAGAGUCCAACAAUUAUGUGAACCUUCACAACGAUUAUACGAAGAACGAUAUGAAAAACGAUAAUUGGCUCAAAGAAGACCUCUAUCAGAUGGACGCAAAGAACAACUACAAUAUUGAAUAUCUAGGGAAAGACAAUCCAGCCUUUUCAGAUGCGAUAUACGCUGUACCAGCAAGUAAACGAAAGAAAGAAGAUACCUUCAGAUCGCCUAAUAUUUGUAUAGCGAAGGGACAGUUAGGUGGAGAAGUAAAUUGCAAUUGUAACAGGCAUUUCCAACUGAAUGUACCGGAUCUGAGGAAUAAUGAAAUAUCGACUAGUCUGUAG